GUUAGCAACGGCGAUUCAAGCUAGUAAAAAGCUGUGGUCCGUCUUAGCGUAACAGUAAUACAACUGCUAAUCUACAUUAUCUUUCCACCGAGUGUCUGGAAACCGAUGGGGGUAGCUGUUAGUCAUUUCAAUGUUCAGCUGUGCUCGUGAAUUAGCUUUAACAUUAUUAAAUGAUUACUGCUAACGCAGAUGGUGGCUAACCAAUUGUGAAUUGUAUUAACCGCGGCUAGCUAGCUAGCUUACGUUAACAUUAGCAAAUACGCGUCCUGUAGCAAACCUACGUUGUUGUUGGCAGUUACAAGCCGUUAUCAGGUUAACUGUGCUUUUCGGUUACCGACCUUGGACGGCUGGUUGUACAUCUCUGUGUUUUCCCCCAGUUACUAUAAUACUACUGUAAUACUAUAACCUAAAGAAAAGUGGGGAUAAUGCACCACGUAAAGAUCAAGACCGAACGGCCAGAUUCAGAGGGGACUGGAGCACGCAGCAGACUGGAUGCUGUGCUACAGGGACUUGUAGAGAGGACUGAAAACGAAAGGGAGCAAAAUGAAGGUGAUGCUGGAAAAAUAUCAGCGGACUCAUUAAGCAAGGAUUUGUCUCCAUCAUCUGCUGGAAAAAGGCCAUCUGCUCGAUUUCCACAGCAUCGGAGGAAGAAGCGAAAAGAGAUGGAUGAGGGCAUACCGGAGAGCAAUCAGCACAAACAAAAUUCUUACAUUAUAAAGUUGUUUGAUCGCAGUGUGGAUCUGGCUCAGUUCAACACCUGCACCCCACUGUAUCCUAUCUGUCGUGCCUGGAUGAGGAACAAUCCUUCUGUUCGGGAACCACCUGCUUCCCCGAGCCCCUCACACAGUAUGGUAGAAGAAGAGGUUACUGACAUGAUCAAUGGUAAAGGUCAGAAUGUGUACAGGCUCCCUCCUCCAACCUCCUGUCCAAUCAGCACAUCUGGCGAACCCAUCAAUCUCAGGAUCCCACAGACUGAAAAACCCACCAUUACCAAGUUAACAGAAUCAGUUCCUCUAUCGGGUUCCCUCAUAUGCGACCACAUGGAACGUUGGAAAAAGAUACGGCAAAAAUGGAAGGAGUGCUCCAACAAGAACCAGUUACGAUACGGCGAGAGUAUCAAGGUCCUGAAGGAGAUGAAGGAGCUCUAUGAUCGCUAACUGGCUUGCAACUCUCCACAGAAUGGACUCUAUGCAGUUAGAAAGGAGCCACAACGUAACAGUCAAUGUCUGAAAACACCUGCCACCUACUCAGUCGGACUCAUAGGAAAGCAUGAACACAACAACCCCGAGCCUUAUAAAAACUAUACGUCCUAUGCAUUGCAGGAAAAAAAACAUUUUGAUGUUUGUUUGAAGUUUGUUGCAGUUUUUGUUUGUGAUACAGACUAAUUUUAUUCGUAGAAAUUCUGUGUAGACAUCUGAUUGAAUUAACUUGAUCAUCAGUAGUACUUUUGUGACAUCCUCAGCAUUAAAAAAACUGAUUUACA